ACCUUCUUCGGCACAUUCUGGAUCUCGCAAGGGGCAAUAUCCUGGGUGUCUCACCCUUUAUGAUCCAACUUUUUAACGUCCUUUCUUUCCAUCUUACGGGAUUUCUAUUUGGAGUUGCUGCUGAUUUGUUACUGCUUUUUGUUGUUACUGGUACUGCUGUUACUGCAUUUAAUUUUUCUGAGGCAUUGGUGGGUUGUUGCAACAAAGCACGCGCAAAUACAGCACGCAGAUCUCCUGCUUCCUUUAACGACGAGAUUUGGAGUUUCUCACGCCUAUUAGAUGCACUAGUUCAGCUCCUCCUCUCAUAAGCAACUCUCCCGGAGCCUGCUUGCUUUCCUGCCGGCGCCGUAGUCUCAGUGACAGAGAGCAGAGAACUACUUGGAGAUCACGGUGCUGAUGCACUCGGGAAGUGAACUCGAUUCUUUGUCUUGCUAGCAAAUGCAGAGCAAAUGGCAGUGCUGGAAUGGAGGAAUUGGCGAACUGCGCCGGCAAUGUCGACGGAGAAGAUCCAGAUAAAGACGCUUCUGUCCUGCCAAUUUUUCACAACAACAAAAAACUAAGCGUGCCGGAGAAGGGCCGCACAGAAGAGCGAGGGAAAGAUGAUCAAGGGAGCUAAAUGGAGGAGUCACAAGAACAAGAUCAAGGCCGUCUUCCGGAUGCAGUUUCAGGCAACUCAGGUCCCUCCAUUGGGAUCGGACAGUUUGAUGGUGGCGCUUGUUUCUUCAGAAACUGGAAAGACAACUGCUAAAACACAGAAGGUUCAAGUUCAGAAUGGGAGCUGUCAAUGGGAUAAUCCGGUCUAUGAAACCGUAAAAUUAGCAGAAGAAGAGAGAACCGGGAAAUUCGACUCCAAAAUCUAUCAAUUUGUCGUGUCAAACGGGCUCAGCAAAGGCGGGGUUCUAGGAAAAGCAGCUCUUGAUUUGGCAGAGUUUGUAGAUGCCCUCAAACCAUGCUCUGUUUCUCUCUCGCUUGGUUCUUCUAACUCCACGAUUCUGCGGAUCACAAUUCAAAGGCUGAAUGCUGAUGGCGACACAAGGGGUGACAAGAGAAGAAAAGCUACUGUAAGAACCCCAGAUAGAAACAGCCUCAGUAGUUACAUGGAUGAUGUUGAUUCGAAUGGAACUUCCCAGACUUCAACCUGCAACAGCAAUGCUGGUAAAGAUACAUCAGCAGCCAAUGGAGCCAUACAGUACAGCCCGUCUAUGAUAAACACUGCACCCCACAUUGCUAACUGCGAUAGCAAUCUCAAAGUUUUUGGAAGAUCUGGUGCCACCUCAGCAUCAUCGAGUUCAGAAAGCAGCUCAGGGCAUGAGUUCUUUAAUGAAUGCAAGCUCGGAAGUAAUGGCCACAGCCCCGCAAUAAAUUGUCUACCAUCUCCUGUCAGCAAUACAAAGUUAUCAGUGAGUGAGAACAGUGAAAUGGCAGAACCUAGAGAGUCUGAAGAUACAAUCACAGAACAGUCUCUCAAUUGGAUUACAAACGAGAUCAGACAAAGCUCAAUAUACACUUCUAAAGAGAUUGAUUUGAACCAAAAGUUGCAGUUAGCAUUAAGCUCAAUUGAAACACUCAAAGACCAAAUUGCUGUAAUGGGAAGGCAAGCAGAGGUGACCGAUCUCGAAGUUCAGACUCUAAGGAAACAGAUUGUAAAGGAAAACAGAAAAGUCCAGGAAUUCUCAAGGGAAAUAUGCAACAUGAAAGAAGAGAGAGAUGCACUUGAGCAGGAAUAUGAAGAACUCAAGGGUUUAUUGGCCACAAAUAACAAUGAAGCUACAAAUGGAUUGCAACACGAUGACAAUGAUCCUAGCUGUAUCUUAGAAGAGGUCAAACAAGAACUGGCUUAUGAGAGAGAUCUUAAUGCCAACCUCCGUUUGCAACUGAAGAAGACCCAAGACGCAAACUUUGAACUUAUUCUUGCAGUUCAAGAUUUAGAAAAUAUGUUGGACCAGAAAGAUGAGGAAAUCACAUGUGUCUGUAUUUCAAGAUGCAGCACACCACCAGCUGAAGAAAGCAGCUCAGAGCUUGAAUCAAGAGAUGAGUUGAAGGAUCAUCAAAAUCAAAGCUUGCAGUUCCCAAAAAACAUUGAAAACGAACAGGAAAAAGAGCAACCUGCAUUGGAAGUACCAAGUAAAAAGCAUGAUGAUACAGAUGACAUGUCUCCCUUCGAGCAAAGCAUCUCAGGAUUAAAAAGUCAAACGAAAGAAUGCAAAAAAGAUCGUGAUAUCCUGGAGAUGCAAAUGGGACAGCUAGCUCUUGAUUACGAGAUUCUGAAGCAAGAAAAUCAUGACUUGUUAUAUAAGCUUGAACAGUUCCAGAUACAAGAGCAACUGAAAAUGCAGCAUGACACCUCUGUCUCAGCAACCAUCAUAAACGACCUAGAAAUUCAUGUGGACAACCUGGAGAAAGAACUUGCCCAGCAGCAAGAAACAUUUGAGGCUGCACUAGCAGCAGUCUCUCAUGUGAAAGUGGAGCAGGAGCAGAGAGCAAUAAGAGCAGAAGACUUGUUAAGGAAGACAAGACAAAGCAAUGCUGACACUGCUGAACGACUUGUAGAAGAAUUCAGAAAGCUCUCCAUGCAAAUGUCUGUUGCAUUUGAGACAAAUGAAAAAUUGGCAAUGCAAGCAAUGUCAGAAUCUAGUGAUCUAUUACUCAAAAAGAACCAUCUUGAGGAGCUCCUAACGAAAUCUAGCAAAGAACUUCAACUGGUCAAAGAUCAAUAUGAAGAGAAAUUAGGGGAGCUUUCUGGCCAGCUGGAUUCAGAAAAACGAGAGAUAAAUCAGCAACUGUUGGAAAUUGAAUGUUUGACUAGGGAAGUCAAGGAAGGGAAGGAGACUUCAGAGGUCACUAGUAAUGCCCUCUCAGAUGAAAUCCUUUCACUUAAAGCAGAUAUUCAAAUGCUCCAAUCUGAAAAGAACACCCUUGUGCAGAAGAUAGAAGAAAAAGAAAAUAUUAUAGUUGAGAUGGAGAAAAUGAGAAUCAAAAUGAAUGAGAAUGACGCGAUUUUACAAAGAGAAGAAGCAGAGAGAAAAAUCCUCCAGGAGCAGGUUCUUCUGGCAAGAGAAGAAACCAAAGAAUUGCUGGAAGAAUUAAAUGAAAUGAGGCACCUGUUGGUUGAAAAAGAAGAAAUGCUUUUAAUCCUACGAUCAGAAAAGGAAAAGAUAACAGUAGAAUAUAAUGGAUUUAAGAGUGUCCUACUUGAUGACGAAGUUGAGAAAGAGAAUCUAAAGAAACAAGUAUCUCAACUAAGAAACGAUUUGAAGAAAAAGGAACAGACAAUAACCACCAUUGAAAAGAAAAUCAAGGACAAUAGCUCAAGAGUUGUAGCACCCACUGGAAAUACAAAGGCAAGCCUGCGAAACAAUAAAUCCAUCUCUGGUCAACAACGCAUUAAAGAAGUCUUCAAAUUGCAAGAGAAAAUCAAACUUCUUGAGGAAGAGGUAAAGAUAAAGGAGAUCACACUUGAGAACUCAAGGACCGAGUUUGCAGAGAAGGAGAGAGAUCUAAAUGCCAGGAUUGAAGAAUUACAUAAAAACACAUCAAAUCAAGCUCUGGAUAUUUCAGAUAAUUCUAAAGAGAACAUACAGGAAAAUGUCUUUGACACUGAAAGCAAAGAGAACAACGACAAGAGAAGAGAUAUUUCUGUCAAAUCUGAAGAAGAGACAGUUGCACAUUUUCAAGAGUCACAGCAUCAAUAUUACAGGUUGUCAGGUAAGUUGCAUGAAAAAGAGAAUAUGGGCACCAACGAAAAUGGCAUGGUAAUGAAGAUGGAGACUCUUGCAGACAUGCUUGAACAAGCUGCCAAGGAACAUGAAACAAAAAGCAGCAUUGCAAGCCCAUGGAUUGAACAGGAAAUCUUCACUCAAUGCACAUCUGACCAAGAUGGCGUCACAAAAUUGAUAACUGAAAUAGCACAAUUGAAGAAGAAAAAUGCAUCAAUGGAGGAUGAGCUAAAGGACAUGCAAGAACGGUACUCAGACAUAAGCCUCAAGUUUGCGGAAGUAGAAGGAGAAAGGCAACAACUUGUAAUGACCAUCCGUAAUCUUAAAAAUGCUAAAAAGAGUUAGCCCAUUCACAAUGUGAAGGAAUUAUUUCAGGUAUACAUAUGUACAAAAGGAAAUGGGUUUUGUGUAUAGAGGAGGCAGUUGCUUUGAUCCAGGAGAUGAAAGAAGAGCAGAAGAAGUGUAGCUUCUUUUAUUGUAAAUCAUGCUUUAAUGGUAAAUUAAGUACAUUCCUUCAUGUUCUCAA